AUGCCUCCGAGACGAGUUAGACGAGUUGGCGAGGUAGAAAGGGCGUUAAUAUACAUGACCAAUAAAGACCCAGUUUGGGACAUAAACGACAUCGCGCGAGAUGAACGUUUCAUGAAUAUGCCAGACAACGUGCAGGAGUUGACGUUAAUGCCGGUCAACGACCGGCGGCUCGACGACGAAUUCGCGAAUAUAUCGCAAGGGAGCAAAGGAAGUGAGUAUACUGUGUUUUCCAUUGUACAAAUAAUGCAGCCUAAGGCUAAAUUAGUUUUAAAUUAUUACUUUAGUGGACUAUUAGAAAGGGUGAAUGAGAUGCAGUAUGCCGACCGCCAAAAUGCGUUUCGAGAAGCUGCUAAUUUGGCAAUUCGUCAAAGAAUUGAAGGGGCUCAAGGUGAAAAUAUACCUGGCAAUAACGGUGAAGUCGAUGAAGUCCCUAUCCCUCCAGCGCAAAACAAUGUCAAUGGGAACGUUAUGUUUCUGCUGGAACAGGCAGAACAGGGACAGGAACAGCAACCUGAACCCGACGGAAAUGAGGAUGAACAAGUUCCUCCAGCACAGGAUCCUCCUCGAGCAAUGCCCAUACCCAUUCCCGUACCUGGAAAUGAUGGAGAAAGGCGUCCGUAUCAUGCGCUAGCUCGUGAAAAUGCUGAGGCGUUAAAUGAGCUUUUAACUCGAGAAAUUCCGGUUAUGACACAGCAACUACAACAAACAAUGGAACUUAUGAACCAACUGAUCAGGCCGCAGUUGGAUAAUUGA